GGAUCAGGAAGGAGGGGCAGAAGGGGACUGACCCAGAAUAACUCAGGGCUGAGAGUAAAUUUAGCCACAGAGAGGGGAGGAGAGAGACCCUAUUGGCUGAGGAGUGGGGAGGAAGGGCCCGGAGGGGGGUCAGGGAGCUCUGGAGAUCUCAGAGGGGUGUAUAGAGCUGGGCAGAGAGGGCCAGAGGAAGGAAGAGACAGAACGAAGGCGAGACACAGAAAGAGAGACCCUAAAGGAGAGAAGGGCCCCUUUACAUCCAACAACCACAGGGGUGGCUGGAGUAGGUGCUUGGAGAGACUCUCCUGCCCUUCUGUCCCCAUGGGCCACCAUGGGUCAUGGUUGCACACUUCCCUCUUCUGGGUGGUCGUGGUCAAUCUGUUCCUGCCCCCAGCCAUGACCCAGCAGCUGAGAGGGGCCGGGCUGGGCCCCAGCAACUGGAACAACAGCGCAGAAGUCACCGGGCCCUGGGAGGACAUGUCAGCUGAGGCUGGCCACCAUGUCCACAGACACGGAGGCCAUCGAGAUGGGAAUGAGGACAUUUCCACAGAGAACAGGCAUCAUUUCCACACCCACAGAGGUCACGGAGAUGAGGAUGAAGACGUCUCCAGGGAAUACAGGCACCGAGUCCAUGGCCACAGGUACCAAGGCCAUGAGGUUGGGGAUGAAAACAUCUCAGAUGAAGACGUCUUCACAGAGCAUGUUCAGCAGGUCCGUGGGCACAGAGGUCAUGGGAAUGAGGAUAUGGAUGGUUCUGCUGAGCGUGGGCACCACACCCCCCGCCACAGGAGCCAUAGCCAUCAAGAUGGGGACGAAGAUGAGGUUGCCUUCAGUGAGCACCGCCCUCAUAUCCUCAGGCAUGUCCAUCAUGGAAAAGAAGAAGAAGAUGAUGAGAAUGAUGAGUAUAGGCACCAGGCGCACAGGCACCAAGGCCACAGGAAUAAAGACGAAGAGGGUGUCUCAGAUGAACACCACCACUAUGACCCCAGACACAGGCAUCAAGGCCACAGAGAAGAUGAUGAUGUCUCCAUUGAGAAUGAGCACCAGAUCCAUGGGCGGCAAAGCCAAGGCAAUGAAGAGGAUGAGGAUAUCUCAGAUGAACACCGCCACCAUGUUGCCAGCCACAAGCACCGAGGCCACAGAGAUGAAGAUGAGGAUGAAGAUGAGGAUGAAGAUGAGGAUGAUGAUGAUGUCUCCACUGAGGAUGGGCACCAUGUCCACAGGCUCCGAGGUCACGGGAAUGAAGAGGAUGAGGCUGUCUCAGAUGAACACCGCCACCAUGUUGCCAGCCACAAGCACCGAGGCCACAGAGAUGAUGAUGAAGAUGAGGAUGAUGAUGAUUAUGAGUAUGGACACCAGGCCCACAAGCUCCAAGAUCAUAGGAAUGAAGAUGAUGAUGCUAUCUCAGAUGAACACCACCACCACAUUACCAGCCACAAGCACCAAGGCCAUGGAGAAGAAGAUGAGGAUGAGGAUGAUGAUGAGUAUGGACAUCAGGCCUACAGGCUCCAAGGUCACAGGAACAAAGAUGACGAUGAGGAUGUCUUAGAUAAACACCACCACCAUGUUGCCAGCCACAAGCACCAAGGCCACGGAGACAAGGAAGAUGAGGAUGUAUCCCCUGAACAUUGGCACCAGGUUCCCAGAUAUGUCCACCCUGGCCUUGGAGAUGAGGAGGAAGAGGAAGAAGAGGUGGAACUGAUCACAGUCAAGUUCAGCCACCAUGUUUCAAGCCACCAACCCCAAGGCCACAAGAGCGAUGAGGAGGAGGGCUUCCCAGAUGAGUAUAAAAAAGCAGUCCCUGGCCAUCACCACCACAGAGUCCCUAGGGAGGAAGAUGAAGACAUCUCUGCCGAGCUUGGCCAUCAGACUCCCAGGCACAGACAACAAGGCCACGGAGAUGAAGGGACUGGCCACAGUCACAGAGAGUCCAUCAAAGAGGAGCUUAGCCACCAGCCCCCAGAACACACGGGGGUCAAGGAUGGAAGCCAUUUAAGGAAGAGGGAUUCUGAGGAGGAAGAGGUAGAUGACAAGGAAGAAGACCACAGUUCCCAUGAAGAUGAUGAAGGUUCGGAGCAGGAAAAAGAAGGUGCUCAUCAUGGCAGCCUGGACCAGAAGGAUGAGGAGGGAGGCCAUGGGCUCAGCCUGAGCCAGGAAGAGGAGGAAGAAGAGGAGGAAGAGGAAGGAAUGAGGAAAGAGAAAGCUGAGGUUCAGGUCCCGCUGGGCCAAGACCACCAGGAGGAGGAAGAAGAAGAGGAGGAAGUGGGGCUGGAGGAAGAGGAGCUUCCUUUCACCAUCAUUCCCAACCCCCUGGCCAGUAGGGAGGUGGCUGGAGGUGCUUCUAGUGAAGAGGAGAGUGAUGAGGACACAGGUCCACAAGAUGUUCAGGAAUAUGGGAACUACCAGCCAGGGUCCCUGUGUGGCUACUGCUCCUUCUGCAAGCGAUGCACUGAAUGUGAGAACUGUCACUGUGAUGAGGAGAACGUGGGCGAGCACUGUGACCAGUGCCAGCACUGCCAGUUCUGCUACCUUUGCCCUCUGAUCUGUGAAACUGUCUGCACUCCAGGAAGCUACGUCGACUAUUUCUCCUCGUCCUUGUACCAAGCCCUGGCGGACAUGCUGGAAACUCCGGAACCCUGACCCUGCCACGGCGUAGAUGUACCUCCCCGGCCAACAGCCCCUUUCCUGGGCCAUAUUUAUUUCUCUGAAUAAACGUGCUCCCCGAAACCUGCCAGGUGUGGGGUCUGGAUUCUCAAGGCAUCAGGGAACGCAGGCAGGGACUGGGGACCCGGACUUGUGAGUCUGAAGAAGGAGGGGCCUGGUGGCCAGGACUUCUGGGUGCCCGGGAUGGUUUCUUAAUUGUCCUCCCAAAUAAGUCAGUCAACACGGGGCUUUUUGAAACAGUUUUCUUUACCCGUGAUCACUGAGUGACGCCUGGGGCAAGGAGGCCGACCGAGGGUCGGGGAUGAGGGCUCCUCCACCGUCCCCCCUCCCCCCACGCCACAUCGCCCAGUAGCAUCUUGGAAAGGGGAUUCUCCCAUGCAAACCCCGGAGCCGGAGGGGAACGGGGAACGCAGGUCUACGCCCCCUUCCCCCAGGGCACGGACACGGCCACAGCACGGGGGGCGGGGGGCCCCGGGGACACGAGACACGGGGGAG